AUGGCGAAAUCUAAGAAUAGCUCGCAGGCUAACCAAAGCAAAAAAGCCCAUCGUAACGGUAUCAAGAAGCCAAAGACCUCGAGAUACCCAUCCCUCAAGGGUACCGAUCCCAAGUUCCGCCGAAACCACAGACAUGCUCUCCACGGAACAAUGAAGGCCUUGAAGGAGUUGAAGGAGGGCAAGCGGGAAACAGCAUGA